CCGCGGCAUCGCAGCCAUCCAGCAGCCCCACGUCACCAAGUCUCCCAAAGCUCCACAGCUUGCAACCCAAAACACCAAUUGGCAGUAGUAGAGAGUCUCCUAUUGCACGCCUACCCUCAUAUCCACCAUGUCCGGCCCCGAAGUCCACCACCUCUUCCACCAUCCCAUUGCGGACCAUUCCUUCUCCGCCGACCGCCAGACGCUCGCUGUAGCCCGCGAGAACAACGUCGACCUCUUCCAGAAGACGGGCAGUGGAUACAAACUCAAGGAUGAGCUCACAGGUCACGACAAGACAGUUACCGGUGUAGACAUUGCACCCAACUCUGGCAAGAUUGUGACUUGCUCGCAGGAUCGUAAUGCCUACGUUUGGGAGCCGUCGCCGCAGGGAUGGAAGCCUACAUUGGUGCUCCUCCGUAUCAACCGCGCCGCUACCUGUGUCCGCUGGGCACCCUCCGAGACCAAGUUCGCAGUGGGCUCUGGUGCUCGUUUGAUCCCCGUCUGCUACUUUGAAGAGGAGGACAACUGGUGGGUCUCCAAGCACAUUAAGAAGCCCAUUCGCUCCACCAUCACCUGUGUCUCCUGGCACCCCAACUCAGUUUUGCUCGCCGCAGGAUCUACCGACGGACACGCUCGCGUGCUCUCUUCCUUCAUCAAGAACGUGGACGCGCGUCCGGAGCCCUCGGCAUGGGGAGAGCGCCUCCCAUUCAACACUAUUUGCGGCGAGUACUUGAACAACACCGCAGGUUGGGUCCACAGCGUUGCCUUCUCUCCCUCGGGUAACGCCCUUGCAUUCGCAUCCCACGACAGCACCCUCACCGUCGUCUACCCGAGCGGCCCCGAACAAGCUCCCCGCGCCAUCCUCAGUGUCAGCACUCAAGUCUUGCCUUUUAUGUCGCUCUUAUGGAGCUCUGAGGAUGAGAUCAUCGCUGCUGGAUACAACUGUGAGGCCUACCGUCUGAAGGGUGACGAGUCUGGCUGGCAGCUUACAGGAAGUCUGGAGGCUAAGAGCCGACCUGGUCUUUCGGAUCAGCGUGAGGAGAGCGCUUUGAACAUGUUCAGGCAGAUGGAUCUCAAGGGCAAGUCGGGCACGGAUGACACCAAGCUCAAGACUGUGCACCAGAACACCAUCAACACUAUCCGAAGCUUUGAAGAGAGCGGAAGCGGUAUCACCAAGAUCAGUUCCACGGGUGUGGAUGGAAGGGUUGUUAUCUGGACUUUGUAGGCACAGACUUCCAGUGGGUCAGGUUGU